GGUAGUGACCUCCAAGCAAAAGAAGGAAAAAAAGAGAGAACUCCCCGGGGAUGAAAGCGGAUAAAGCUACGAACCCGCCAACCAUAGAUAGUAGGGCAAGCCGCCUGCCGACCACACGAGCAGUCACGCGAGGAUGUGAGGGACUCUGGAGCCUUAGGGAAAGGGUGUUGGGAUGGUUCGACCCAGGAGGAACUGCAAAGACCAAGGAGGGACAGAAGGCCGGCAAGGAAGGGUCGGAUAGCUCCGAAGGCGGCCUUAGGAAGAUAGUAUCAUCCCUUGUGCGAGCACUGAACAAAAACCAGGGCUACCUAGCGGACGCUAAGAAAAAGUUGACGUUCGACGAGGCGAACAUCACGGAGUUCCUUAUCGAUUAUAAGAACCUAGUUGCGCCGCUGAAAUGGACCGAAGAAGAAAAGAUGGACCACCUAGGACAGCAUGUGUCACUGAGCCUAGGGCGGGACAUAAUGGCCAUUGUGGCCGCGAGCCGGUCUUGGAAGGAGACCCGGGAUGUGAUGAUGAGAAAAUAUCUGGCARCAGAGAAGAUGGCGACGGAGGCCGAUUUAGCGGCAGUCCAGAGGAAGAACUUCGCAACGUACAACGACUUCCUACGGGACACCGCAACGGACCUGGCCGAAAAGACGGUAGUGACUGAGACGUUGGCCUUGCUCAAGGAAGGGGAGGUCAUAGACCUGACCGGUAAGAUAGGCGACAAGGUAAAGAAGGAGAAUCAGGGGAUUGAAAGCCUACACGAACGGGUGCACGGAGUUGACUACAAAAUUGAGAGGGUGGAGAACGCGCUACUGGUUAUGCAGGCGCAAGUAUCCCGACCCGCCCUCUCUCCCCAGGAAGCCGUAGUUCCGCCAGGUGUAACCAAUCAAGGAUUCGGACGAAGAUAUCCUUCUAACGAGCAAUGCAAGUACUGCACCGCGAUGGGACAUUAUGUGUGCGCCUGUCCAAAGCUCAACCAUGAUAUAUUAAAAAGGAGAUGUACAAGGUCGUUAAAGGGAGAGAUAUUCGGACCGCAGGGAGAACGGGAGAAUUGGAACUCGCCAGGGGGGAUUAGGGUGAACCCGACUACUCGGCUAGGGACGAUCGGGAGAAGGAUUAUCCGUGACACCGUGAUGGAGGAGGUUGCUGGAAGCUCCUUACCCCAGGCAGAGCCUGAGGCCAGGGAACCAGAGAAAGUCUAUGGGAAGCCUAGGGAAGAGGAGCCUGCGGACAAGGUUACCGCUGCUAAGAAGAAGUUUCGGUAUCAAAUCCCGAUCUUAACCUUGCCUGAGAUCGACGACACCCUUAGCAAGUUACUAGGAACCAUGGUAUCGAUGUCAUUUCAGACCAUGCUGCAGGCUAGCCCUAGGUUGCUCAAAGGGCUUAGACAACUGUUGAAUCGGCGGCGAGUAGAAAUAGACAACCCCCAAUUACCAGAAGAAGAAAGGGAGGAGGAAGCUCCGCAAGAGGUUGCUAACCUUCAAAGGAGUCACGGGGAUCUGGAGGACCUUGAGAAAGCCUUUGCAGACAUCCGUUUGAGCUUGCCAGACCGAGAAGGUGGCGAAGUCAUGAGGGCACCUCCUGGGACAAAGUUCAGUUUCCAUGCGCUACCCGUAGGAAAAUUAAAGAUUCAGAUCGGGACUCAUCAUACCGACGCAUUAGUAGACGGGGGAGCAGAAGUCACUCUCAUAAGGAGAGAUUUCGCAACAAUCACAGACUGUACGGUAAAUAAGGAAGUAACGGGGAGCAUCCGGGGAGCCGGUGGGGAAAUUUCGUUCGCAGGGUAUGUCACGAAAUGUGCAAUCGAGGCAAGAAUCAGAGAGUCAAUCUGGUCGUUUCAACGGAUGACCGUAAUGGAGGAAAUGGAUCACGACGUUAUCCUUGGGAGGCCCUGGUGCGCAAACGUAGAAAUGAUAGGCAUGCAUUUGCACGAUGGCACGCACAUGGUAGAUAUAGAGGACCCGGUGGCCGGUCGGGGUGAGCUCCUCCGACUCCUUGGGACGGGAGGAGACCCUCCGAAGGGGAAGUUGGCAACGUGGUCUCCGUCGAUAGAAGAUAGCGCACGAAAAGGGGCUUUCGCGCGGAUGGAGGGCAUGAGAGAAAGGGUAGAAAUUAUGAUUGAGGAGGCGUUCAACAAGAAGGAAUGGAUCAAGAUGGGCCUGCCCCAGAAGAAGAGGAGGCAGNUACUCAGUUGAUCUCUCCCCUAUCUGCAUGUGUUUUCCACUAAGUUUAGCUUUUCAUUAGUGAACGAGGGGAGAAAGCGUGGUGGAGAGAGAGAGGGAGAGAGAGAGAGAGAGAGAGAGAGAGAGAGAGAGAGAGAGAGAGCGAGAGAGAGAGAGAGAGAGAGAGAGAGAGAGGGAGAGAGAAACAGAGAGAGAGAGAGAAAGAGAAAGAGAGGGAGGGAGAAGGAGAGAGAGAGAAGGGAUUUUUAAUCCUAAUCAAGUCAUCACCCGUAG